AUGCUGGCGUCGACAGAUCAUGCUCUGCUGGCCACCAGCCUUGUGCUGGCGGUCGGGACCAUCGUCUCUGUGUUGGUCCAGCUCGAGAGACAGUACAAGACAGUCGGUUGGUUGAAUGCAAGUAAAUGGUUUCUGAUCAUCAGUGCCUUCUUUUCCUUGGUCAUGACGAGCAUUGUGUGUGCUGCGGCUGCCAAAGGCCUCGGGGCGUCGAUAUCUCUGGCUGAAUUCGAGGGCAGAGAAUCUCUUCAGAAGCUUCUCGUCGCCGCCUUCCCGCCCUACUUCCUGUGCAACAUGUUCGUCAAGCACGCCUGGCUGACCUUUUACUAUGGCCUUGCACGGACCCGAGCGCAGACUUGGUUCAUACACUUGAUGCAAAUCAUAGCCGCCGGCUUCGGCAUCAGCUCUGUGUUGGUGAUAUUGAUGCAGUGCAUCCCUCUCAGGGUCAUCUGGCUGCGAGGCGUGACGCCACCCCCUACCGAACAUGCACCCAGGUGCAUCAACUUGAUCGCCUUCUUCUACGCAAAUGCGAUCAUCAUGAUUGUUACCGACGUCGUCAUGUACCUCUUGCCGAUGGUACUGCUACGCAACGUUGACAUGCUGAAACCGCACCGCUGGGGGGUCUAUGCCUUGUUCGCAAUCGGUGGACUUGUUGUCGUAGCGAGUAUCAUGCGCCUAGUCGCGAUCGUCCACGUGGACAGAGACGGCAUACGCAAUGGCAGCAAUGUCUCAGAAAACUAUGCUCUAGUCUACCUGUGGGCUGCGGUUGAAAACCACCUCGGCAUCUGUGCCGCCUGUGCGGGCGCCAUCAAGCAGAAAUCCAUCUCCGUCUUCCACCGGGUCAAACGGUCCUAUAGCAGCCUCAAGUCCAAAUCAUAUAGGUCGUCACACGCGCCAUCGUCUCCCUUGGCUCAGGCUCAGAGUUUUGAAGACCGUGUUCUGUACGAGCGCACCGACAGUCUGCCAGAAUCGCCCUCGGGUCUUGACAAGAAGAGUCCACAGCCGAUGUUCGAGAUGCAUACAGUUCCCGGUUCACCGACCAAAACCACCGAGUAUGAGCUAUCUACACCAUACAAGCAUGCUGUGUGA